AUGCAGAGCUCACCGAAUCAGAAUCGCAACAGUGGCAUCUCAUCUCCCGUGAAUGUUCCUGUUGUGGGACAUGGUCCUUCUACUACAAGUACAUCGCUCUCUCCUUCUCAUGGCGCCUCUUCAGGCACUGUGAACUCUCCUUCGUCGUCUCCUCGCAUGUCGUCUGCUGCUGCUGCUGCUGCUGGUGGUGGUGGUGGUGGUGGUGGUCGUGGAGGCCAACGCGUUGGUUCGCUUGACAUCCACACAGCAUCUCACUUGUUCAAUACUAACAAUCGAGGAGGAGUGAAUCGUUUUUCCUCUCGAUCGACUGGCUUGGAUUUCAGUUUGGAUUUGACGACGAGCAGUGGAGGAGGAUGUUCCACCGUCAGCAGCGACUUUCAUACGAGCUAUUCGCUGAGUCACAAUGAGAGUACCAGUUCCUUUGGAGGUGCCAGUACUUGUGCCAGUGCCAGUGCCAGUAUGUGCAGUGCUGCUAACAGCAUGAGUGGUGCCAGCAAUAUUACCGGUACUAGUAGUUCCAAAUGGGGAAACCUCAGUGUCAAAUUCAGCGCCAAAAACUUUUGCAAACAGCAGAACAAACAAACUCCCUUUGAAGGAGUCUACCAACUAGGAGAACUCCUGGGGGAAGGGGGAUAUGGCGAAGUAUACCGUUGCUGCCACAUGGAAAGUGGACUCGAACGAGCUGUCAAGGUCGUAUUCAAAGAUCCCACGCUGCCACUCGAAGAACGCGACAAUCAAGCCAAGGAAUUCCACAUUCUCAAAGAAUGCGAUCAUCCAAACUUGCUGCACAUGUACGAACUAUUCGAAGACGAACUGUCAUUCUACAUUGUCACCGAUAUCAUCACCGGUGGAGAACUCUACGAUGAGCUGGAAUUGUGUGGAAAUUUCACAGAAGAAGACACACAAAUACUCAUGAACGUACUUCUCUCCUGUAUCAAUUACUGCCAUCAACAGGGACUCGUCCAUAAAGAUCUCAAACCGGAGAACAUUUUGCUCGAAGCCACCAAGGACUUUCAUUCACUCAAAAUCAUUGACUUUGGAUUGGCGCAACAACUCGCUCCUCCGGUAUCUCCACCACACUACUUGCAACCCAAAUUCACCGAUAUAGUCGACGAUCACAACAGUACGUUUGAAGGCAGCAAGUACUAUCUAGCGCCAGAAUGUAUUCAGGGGAUGCCAACAACCACAAAGUCAGAUAUUUGGGCCAUUGGCGUCAUUGCCUUUGUCAUGCUGGGAGGAUAUGCUCCCUUUGAUGGAGACACGGAUGAACAAGUACAUCGGGCCAUUGUACAGGGAUACUUUGACUUUUCAGAAGAAACAUGGGACGACGUCUCGGAAGAUGCCAAGGAUUUUGUACGAAUGCUACUCACGUACGAUGCCGAUGCAAGACCCACCGCGGAAACCAUGCUCCAACAUCCCUGGUUGGCGCCGGUCCGAAACGAUACCAGAAAUGAACAACAACGGCGUGCAUCCACACGGGCAUCUCUGACGGACCUACAAUCCUUUCAUUCCGCCGACUCCAAACUCAAACAAGCUACCUGCGCCAUCAUUGCCUCACAGUUCCUCAGCAAUCAUGAAAAGGAAGAAAUCGACGAAAUAUUUCGCAGUCUCGAUACCUCCGGAAAGGGCACGUUGACGUUGGAAGACUUACGGAGGGCCUAUCAAGAUUUCUUUCCAAACGACGACGAGGACGGUGAAGAAGGGGAAUGUGACGCUGACACAACAUCAUCAUCAUCAUCAUCAUCCAAACCCCAAAUAAAGAGCUGCACAAUUUCGGACGAGCAAAUUCAGGAACUCAUACGACAAGUCAACUUUUCAGGCUCCGGCAGUAUCUCGUAUUCCGAAUUUACCGUUGCCACCAUGAUGGAAAAGAACCUCAUUGACGACGACAAACUCCGUGCGGCAUUUGCGUACUUUGAUAAAGAAGGCACGGGAGUCAUCACGGCGCAAAAUCUAAAAGAUGCAUUGCACAUUGAUGACAGUCACGGCAGUGCCGCGGAUGCCUACGUGACCAAAAAGAUUAUCGGACAAGUAUCCCAAAGUGGAGUCAUUGAGUUUGAAGACUUUAAAAACAUGAUGUCCUCUCGCACCGUCAAACGAUUGUCCAUUCGACGAUCAUCACGUUUCCGACAAUCCAUAAUCUCCAAGCAAGCACUUCAGGAACUCGUAGAGGGAAUGGACGAAAGUGAAGUGUCACUGGAUGGAUCCUACCAAUCGCAAUCUUCUUCAUCUCAACAACGACGAUUCCGGGACUGUCACGGUUCCAUGGUCGGUACCGGUAGCAACAGAGUGGGUAAUGCACGGUCUUCCCUGGCUGAACCCGUCCCAGAAGCGUCCGAAGAGGAUGAAUCGGAAACUCAAGAAGAAGAUCUGGAGGAGGAGGAAGAAGAAGAUUUGGAAGACGAGGAGGAGGAAGAAGAUUUGUUUGAAGAAGAGGUUGACCGGUUGGCGUCCCUGCGAGCUAGUUUGACUUCGAAUCCUUCCUUCAGCACUCGCCGGCGAAAAGCAAGACGAUGUAGUGGCAUGGAUCAUGAGGGAGAUGAUCCACGGGCCAAUCCAGCAACACACAAUGAUGCGGUACUAUGCGUGACUACCACAUGUACGCACUAG